GUAAUUCGGAAAAAAUAACCUGUGCCUGAUAGCCACUUUCUUAGAGUUAGAAUUUAUCUAUUGAAAAGGUAAAGAAUAUUUGACUAAUAAAAUAUCUAUGUUACCUUAGUUGUUGAUCACUUGUAGAUCCAAAGUUUAUUAUGGGCUGGUAUGAUGGCUGGAGGGAUAAACCUUUUCCCACUUUGUAUGGAGAAAAAAAAACUGCUGUGACUGAAGAUAUUCUUUUUAUAGGAUUUGUUUAUGCAAUAUGCGUCAUAAGCUUUUCAAUCGCUUUGAUCAUACCAGGAUAUCCUAGUAAAGAGAUAGUUUGCAAUAUUGGUCAGGACUGGGAAGUCGCGCAUAUAAAAAAUGCCUCACUACCAUAUAAAUCUGGUUUCAGAGGGGAAAUUCAUGCAGAUGUUUCAGUUAAAAUUGGCCUAAGAAGCGUUAAUAUAACAUUAAAGGGUAAACCAGAAGAACAGAAAUUAGUUAACAACGACUCGAGAUCACCUGUUGAAAAAAUCAAUUACAACGAAAGAUUUUCGUGGAAUGACGAAGGCUGGGUACAAGGAAGAAUUGGUUUUGGACCUGCGGCUGGUCUAGUUAACAGGGAAUUUAGAGACGCUCAAAUUAAAGGAACGCCCUAUCCUAUUUUAUGGGUUGCAGAAUAUUUUACACUUGAUGGAGAGGGAAUAAGAUGGGGCAGAUAUUAUCGACAAUCCGGCUACUAUACUCACAUCUUAAUUUGGACAGCCUUCCCUCUAUGGAUUAUUACUUGUCUACUGUUUGGCAUGGUUAUCUCUUACGGUGGUUUUUUCAUGAUUUUGACUGGAUUAGUACUUUUGGCAGCUAAUAUUACAUACUCUUCUAUUAGAAAUCCAAAUGAGUUGAAAAUUCCUAUGGCUGAUGAUAAACUGCUUACAUUUAGUUGGGGCUGGUGUUUUACUUUAAAUGCGAUAAAUGGUUGCCUUUGCACGAUUAUUGGUGUUGUUAUAAUAAUCAUCCAUACAUUCAAGGACGAGUGGAUAUUUAGAUUUUUCGCUAAGGAUAAAAAUAGAGAAAUGGAAGAAAUUUAUGCACCAAAGGAAAUAGUCAGAGAUGAAAACGUACUACCUCUACAACGAGUUAGUUUGGCAGUAAAUGAUCAAGAAGUUCUCGAAGAGAUUGAAGGAGUCGAUGUCAAACCUUUCAGUGAUGAUGAAAUUUUUGAGAAUCAAUGGAUGGAAAAUACUGAAGUCAAAUUCGUCAAGAGAAGUAUCUUCUCCAAGACAGCUAGAAGUAUGAUACUACGACCUUUGCCUUUUUCUCGGAAAACCAUAAUGACACUGCCAAAUGAAUUUCGACAGAAUCAAAACGAUGCGAACGAAUGGCAAAUGAAUGAAAACGAAGCGAACGAAUGGCAAGUGGAUGAAAACGAAGGGACUAAGUUGCAACAGAAUGAAAACGAAGGUAACAAAUUACAAGAGAAUGAUAACGAUGAGAAAAAGCAACAAGAGAACAAACUACAAGUGAAUCCCAAAAACUCAGAUAAUGAGUUAUUAAGACGUAAACCAAGCAUACCAAAAAAACCCAAUAUGAAUACUAAAAACUUGGAAUCAAAAGAAUUAAAAAAGGAAGUAGAUAGUGCAAAAGAAAUUGAACAAGGGAAAGAAGAUUUAACACCUACUCCCCGUGCAAGAGCUAAAAGACAAGUAGUCUCCGAUUUUCAAAUUCCUCAAGAUAUUUCCAUUUCAAUGGAUGAAUUAGAAGCUCAACAUGAAAAUAAUAACUUCAACGAAAAGCUAUAG